CUUUAUAUUAUAUUGCACUCGUAUCCCUACUCCCAAUCACCUCUCCCCUCAUUUUCAUCGCUUUCAACUUUAUAUAUAUGUUCAUUGUGUUGAUCCAAAAAGCCAAAGGGAGUUCACAGAAAUUGUUAUACAGUUCUAGCUAAGGUUCAUUUGAAAGAUACAUACAUACAUAUAUAUAUAUAUAUGGGGAGGUCACCAUGUUGUGAGAAGGUAGGGUUGAAGAAAGGUCCAUGGACCCCAGAAGAAGAUCAAAAGCUCUUAGCUUACAUUGAACAACAUGGCCAUGGAAGCUGGCGUGCCUUGCCUUUAAAAGCUGGUCAUCAUUUCUCAAUAUCUUUAUACAUAUAUAUAUGUUUUUGCUUGCUAUAUAUUAAUUUGAUAUAUAUAUGUAUGUAUAUAGGGCUUCAAAGAUGUGGAAAGAGUUGCAGACUGAGAUGGAUUAACUACUUGAGACCUGAUAUCAAAAGAGGAAAGUUCAGUUUACAAGAAGAACAGACCAUUAUUCAACUCCAUGCCCUUCUUGGAAACAGGUGGUCUGCCAUAGCUACUCAUUUGCCGAAAAGAACAGACAAUGAGAUCAAGAACUACUGGAACACACAUCUAAAGAAAAGGCUAACCAAAAUGGGGAUCGAUCCUGUCACCCACAAGCCUAAAACCGAUGCACUCGGCUCCACCACUGGUAACCCUAAAGAUGCUGCUAACCUUAGUCACAUGGCUCAAUGGGAGAGUGCUCGUUUAGAAGCUGAAGCUAGACUGGUUCGUGAGUCCAAGCUAGUUCCUUCAAACCCUCCUCAAAGCAACCAUUUCACUGCCGUUGCGCCUUCGCCGACUCCGGCAACUAGACCGCAAUGCCUCGACGUACUCAAAGCAUGGCAAGGUGUCGUCUGCGGGUUAUUCACUUUCAACAUGGACAAUAACAACUUACAGUCCCCUACGUCAACGUUGAACUUCAUGGAGAACACCACAACAUUGCCCAUGUCAUCAUCAUCGUCUGUUAAUGGAAUGUUUAAUGAAAACUUUGGUUGGAACUCAUCGAUUAAUCCAUGUGAAAGUGGGGAUAUUUUGAAAGUUGAAUAUGGCAGUGAUCAAAUUCCAGAGUUAAAGGAAAGAUUGGAUCAUCCAAUGGAAUUGCAUGAAAUGGACUAUUCUUCAGAGGGUACAUGGUUUCAAGAGUUGUUUGGAUUUAAUGGUUUAUGAUUCUGCAGAAGGAUUCAUCAAAGGAAAGAAAAAGCUAUCUGGUUUCAUCUUUGAAGUUCACUUAAGUGUAGGAUUUUUAUUCACAAGUGCCUUCACAUAUUACCAUUAACUGUAAUAAUAAACCUUCAAAUUAAUAAAUUAAAAAAACUCACAAGGGUUUUUGGCCUA